GGGGAUAGUUUUCUGUGUUGGUUUCAAAUCUACCGUCUAUAGCAAAAGAAGAAAUUUUCAUCAUAUUGAAUGAAAAGUUUGCACUUGGUUUAGAGCUGAUUUAUGCCCAAGAAUGAUAAAGUGUUGACAGAAAAUUCUACGAUAAAUCUGGAUUGAUGUGAACCACGGAUGGUGGGCAUCCAAGAGCAGUUGUAUGUUUUGGAAGCACAAAGCUUGAAUAGAGAAGAUACGUGUCUUGAAGAUAUAGUUUUUGACAGCACGAAUAGAUUCUGUGGGAAUACAGUGAUCGUAUAAAUGAAAGCGGAAGUGUUAAGUUAACAGUUCACGGAAGAUAUGUCGUCGGACAGAAUACACAGAGCGGCCAAGGAUGGUCUGCUUGACGUGCUCAAAGAGGCUACUCGAGCCGAGUCAAAUUCCAAAGAUGCCGACGGUAUGACACCGGUGCUAUGGGCCGCUUUCGAAGGUCGCCUGGAAGCCCUUAAACUACUAGUUGGAAGAGGAGGUGAUCCCGACAAAUCCGACCAAUUUGGAAACACUGCGUUGCAUUUAGCCUCUGCCAAGGGUCACAUGCAAUGUGUGGACUUCUUGGUACAGUUUGGAGUAAACUUAUACGCGUUGGACAUCGACAACCAUACUGCGCAAGAUUUAGCCGCCAUUAAUAAUCGGGACAAUAUUUUGCGUUAUCUAGACGCAGCAGCCGCAAACCUAGAAGCAGUUGACAAGAAAAAAGUACGCGACUUGAAAGAGAGGGCGAAAAAGAAGUCCGCCAAAAGGGCCCAAGAGUACACUGCCAAGCAACAGAAGGCAGAUAAUGGAAAAGAUGAACAACGGAUUAGACCCCACCGACCGUCCAACAUGUUGCAAAUGCUGAAACACAAAAUUUGGUCCGGAAGUCAAGGAAAUUUGAAGAGUUCCAAUAAGGACAAUUUGAACAACAAUUCGACCAAGUUUAGUGCAUUGGUUGCUGGUACCGUGACUGGAUCACGAGGUGCUGUAAAGAAACGAGCUGAAGCAUCCAAGCUGAAACAACAGAUGGAGAAUGGAGGUUUCAAAAUUGGAGAAGUUGAGCCAACGGGAAAGCGCAGCGUUCGUUCUAUCCAGGGUUUACAAAGAGAUUCGGAAAUUCUGUACGUGGGCACAUACAAUUCAUCAGAGGACAACAGUAAACGCGGCAAAAUUAAGGAUGUGUUCGACGUCGAUUCGAACGGGUAUGAAGAAGUCGACGAUGACAGUGAAAGCGGUGGAUCCAGUGCAAAGUUCAACACGAUUUCACGAUCAGUUAGUCAGCCGGACUUCCUGACAAACUUGAAUGACGAUUUGACAAAUGACGUAAUGCUCCAAAAUAGACCCAGUAUUUUUAAUAGGCCAUCCGGAAAUCUGGCUAUGACACGAUCGGUAUCAACUGUGCUGGCACAAUUAGGCAAUGAAAACUCAGCCAACGAUUCGUCUGAUGGGUCAACGUUAGCCAAACCCAAAAAUGGACCUAUAAAACCUCGUACACAGCUGGUUAUUUCGGAUUCAGAAAGCGAAGCGGACAGUUCGGAUAAUGAGGAAAAUGAGUCCUUAGCGGUGCUAAGGUUUCUGGCAGCAUUCAAACUUGAAGACUAUUACCCUAUUUUUCAGAAGAACGAAAUCGAUAUGGAAACUUUAAUGUUGCUCACAGAAGGUGACAUCAAAUCAUUGGAUUUACCUAUUGGUCCUCAUAGAAGGCUAUGUAUCGCGAUUCAGGAACGCAAAGAAGCACUCGCCAGCCCCGGAACAAUAUUGGAUAGCCGCUUGUAAUAGAUGUUGCAUUGCCAUUCAAGAUUUCAAAUUAAUUUUAGAAGCAAGAAACAUACUUGUAAUGGCAGUGUACAUAAAUUGAGAUACCGUGGUCCUCCUGCAGUACAAUACAAAUCCUUGGUGUAAAUAAUGAAAUAAAUUAUUCUGAAAUUUUAGGAAGCAUGAA